AUGCUCCAGAAAUAUUCGCCCCUGCGAAACCUCGCAAAAGGGAAGAAGAGCUUGGUGGAAAUCCAUGGCAUCCUGCAGAAGACUCGAUCAGAGGUGGAAGCCAAGAAGUCAGAGCUGCGGGAGCUGGUUGGGGACCACUACCGAAGCGUCCUGGAGUCCUCGGACCACAUCCGCGCAAUGUCAGAGUGUGCCUCCAUGGUCGCGCAGAAGGCGGAGAAAGCCGAUGAGCUGAUUGCCACAAUGCGGGAGCUGGCGGCAAGUCCACCUGUAGAGGAUGGGGAAGGCUCUCCGGCCGCCGAUGAUUCGGAAUUUCUCCUUUGCGAAAGACUCGCAGAGCUUCUAGAUUUGCCGGAGAGGGUCCGAGACUUGGUGGCCGACUUCAGCUUUGUUGAGGCUGCAAGAGUGGCAUUGGUCGACGCACCAUUUUUGCAGGCAGAGGUGCAGCAGCUGUUGGAUGCCUCGCCCUCCCCAUUGCCUGGUUUCGACAUCCAUGGCCUCAUUGCGCAGCAGGCCGCCUUUUACCGCUCCCUGCCUCGACAGGUGGCCUCCGGCUGUGUCGACGCCUUCGACGAGGCAGAGCUGACGCCAAGUGGCUCCGCUGAGGCUUUUGUCGCCCACCUCCUCUUGGAUGAUGCAGCCCAGCACGACGCAGAGCCGGCUUUCUUCGCGCAUUGGAGUUUUCGGCUGCAAGCACUGGCCUCGAACGAUUCCACGCUAGCUAGACAAUCCGCCAUGCAAACUUCCGACGACGUGGAAAAGGCCACCGUCUUCGCUGCCGGUGCCGUCAUUCAGAUGCUGCUGUGUUUAAGACUUUUGUACUUUGGCAUCGGCCACAGGAGAGUCAUAGUCGCAGGCAUUCUGCUCUGGCUGCGCAGCUGGACAGUGAAGGGCCCUGUGUCUGAUGUGAAAUGUUCCCAGGAGAGGGUAGUAGCAGAAAGGCUUCGUCAAGCGCGGUUGAGGAUGGGAAGGAUCUAUUUGCACACCAUCACCGUCGCUUUGGUUUUCGCCCUUGUAUCGAUACAGACAAAUAUUGUGUUGGACAGACCGCGCUGGAUGCCUGCGGUUACGACCUGGACACUUAUUGGCUCGACUGGUCUUGUUGCUUUGCCUUGCGUGUUGCCCGGGAUCCUCAACGCCAGCACCCUCGACGGCUUCCUGGUGGUGCUUCAAGGGUCAAUGACUGUGAUUGCAUCGCCCCUGGGUUCCAAUCUGCCUCAGGGAGUGUUCGUAUCUCUUGCGUGUUUGGCUCUGGUUCGAAUACCAGCGGCAUGUUUUGCGACACAUAUUGCUCUACCAAUAGCCUGCUGCUUGGCACACUCCGGAAUGAUGAUGCUGCGUGGCAUGGUGGAGCUGACCUCGGCAAACGACGAUGGCAACUCCAAAGCCAUGGCGUAUGGGGCUAUAUGGGGGGAGCUUUUCAGCUGCAUCACCAUGGUAGGUGCAGCAUUUCUGGUGCAGGCCGGGCGCGGUGAGCAAAUCAGUCCAAAUCCAAGGGCUUCCUUGAAGACGACUGUACGGCGUGGACUGCAGCAUGGCGAUGCAGCGACGGAGCUUUGCGCAGCAACAUCUUUACUGCGACUCACUUGCGAUGCAGUCCUGGAGCUGGAUGAGGCGAUAGCCAGCCAUGUAGAGCUUGACAGAUCCAAGUACCGAGACUGUUGCUGA